CGAAGAGCGGAGUGCACCGAGUGCCGCGGGAGCAGCACCCAGGUCCCCUGCUCCCGCGACAUGGCCUUCAACUUCGGGGCUCCCUCGGGCACCUCUGGUACAGCUGCAGCCACCGCGGCCCCCGCGGGUGGGUUUAGUGGAUUUGGGACACCGUCUACAACAGCAGGUUCUGCAUUCAGCUUUUCUACUCCAUCUAACACGGGCACUACUGGACUCUUCGGUGGUGCUCAGAACAAAGGUUUUGGAUUUGGCACUGGCUUUGGCACAACAGCUGGAACUAGUACUGGUUUAGGUACUGGUUUGGGAACUGGUCUUGGAUUUGGAGGAUUUCAUACACAGCAGCAGCAGCAGCAACAAACUACAUUAGGUGGUCUCUUCAGCCAGCCUACACAAGCUCCUGCCCAGUCCAACCAACUGAUAAAUACUGCAAGUGCUCUUUCUGCUCCAACACUACUGGGAGAUGAGAGAGAUGCUAUUUUGGCAAAAUGGAAUCAACUACAGGCCUUUUGGGGAACAGGAAAAGGAUAUUUCAACAGUAACAUUCCACCAGUGGAAUUCACACAGGAAAACCCAUUUUGCCGUUUUAAGGCAGUAGGUUAUAGUUGUAUGCCCAAUAAUAAAGAUGAAGAUGGGCUAGUGGUUUUAGUUUUCAACAAAAAAGAAACAGAUAUUCGAAGCCAGCAACAGCAAUUGGUAGAAUCAUUGCAUAAAGUUUUGGGAGGAAACCAGACCCUUACUGUAAAUGUAGAGGGCAUUAAAACAUUGCCAGAUGAUCAGACAGAAGUUGUCAUUUAUGUUGUUGAGCGUUCUCCAAAUGGUACUUCAAGAAGAGUUCCAGCUACAACACUAUAUGCCCAUUUUGAACAAACCAAUAUAAAAACACAGUUGCAGCAACUUGGUGUAACCCUUUCUAUGACUAGAACAGAACUUUCUCCUGCACAGAUCAAACAGCUUUUACAGAAUCCUCCUGCUGGUGUUGAUCCAAUUAUCUGGGAACAAGCCAAGGUGGAUAACCCUGAUUCUGAAAAGUUAAUUCCUGUACCAAUGGUGGGUUUCAAAGAACUUCUUCGAAGACUGAAGGUUCAAGAUCAGAUGACUAAGCAGCAUCAGACCAGAUUAGAUAUCAUAUCUGAAGAUAUUGGUGAAUUACAGAAGAAUCAAACUACAACUAUGGCCAAAAUUGCACAAUACAAGAGGAAACUCAUGGACCUUUCCCAUAGAACCUUACAGGUCCUCAUCAAACAGGAAAUUCAGAGGAAGAGUGGGUAUGCCAUCCAAGCUGAUGAAGAGCAGUUGCGAGUUCAGCUAGAUACAAUUCAGUGUGAACUAAAUGCCCCUACUCAGUUUAAGGGCCGACUGAAUGAACUGAUGUCCCAGAUCAGGAUGCAGAAUCAUUUUGGAGCAGUCAAAUCCGAAGAAAGAUAUUACAUAGAUGCAGAUCUGUUACGAGAAAUCAAGCAGCAUUUGAAACAACAACAGGAAGGCCUUAGCCACUUGAUUAGCAUCAUAAAAGAUGACUUAGAAGAUAUCAAGUUGGUAGAACAUGGAUUGAAUGAAACCAUCCACAUCAGAGGUGGUGUCUUCAGUUGACAGUUCACAAACUUGUGUUAAAGGUUUGUGAAAUACAUUUUCUUGUUAUAUCAGACCUUCCUUAAGAAUGAAACUGACCACGUGGAGGGGAAAAGAAAGAAAACAAACAAUCCUCUCUCCUGACUUGGUUUUUGAGAAGGUUCCUGACAAAUUAUUAUUCAUCAAAUCUGAAAUAACUGUCACAUCACUGCUCUUCAGAGAUAGCCUUUGAAAGAUUUACAUCUAAAAGCUGUAACUACUUUAAAAAAGAAGUACAUAAUUACCAAAAAUAUUUCCUAUUGUAUAUUUUUUACAACAGCAUUCUUCUUAAAAAUAAUCAUUGUUUAAUGAUUAUUCUCCAUUGAGCCUGUACUCUGCUCUCCAUAGCAAGUAAAUAGGAAAUGUCUACUUUGCACAUAACAAACUGUAUAAUUACUUGGCUGUUGGAGAUUUGUACUUCAGAAUGUAAAUGUAUGUCAGUUUUUAUAUUUGUGAAUUCAUCUGUGGGAGGAGUAAAGAAAAUCCAAGAGUAUUUAAUGAUUAAUGUGGUUUUCUUUUCAUUCUAUAAAGAUUUGAAAAUAUAUUUUUAUAUUAUUUUACUUAUUUGGAAUUUACAGAACACACCUAAGCAAUUAGGAUAUAACAAAAUUACAUUUUAUCAUUUUUACAACUUUUUUUUAAACCUUUUUAUUUCUAAAAAAGAUGAAAAGUUAUAAAUAAAUUCUUGAUUAUAAUUACUUUUAUAUAAUUCUGUCUGGUGCUUUAUUUGGCUCUGGGAGAAUGGCCAUUCAUGUCCACACAAAUACUAAAUCAUAAUCACAGCUCAAGAAUUUCAGUUUUAACCUGGCUUUAAGUCUGACUUUACCCUCUAAGGAAAGUAUAUCAGUACUGAUAUAUUUUGACUAGGGUACAGCAAAUAAAAAUUACUUCCGAUAUCAUCCAGGAUAAAGAAUUCUCUAAUACAUCAUUAGUAUCUGAAAACACUGGAAAAUGUGAAUUAGACAUGAUAAUGUGCAAUAGUGAUUCUUUAACAACUAGAUAAUUUUAAACAAUUUUUCUGACUACAAACUGCACACCUGGGCUGCAUCAUUUUGGCCCCUCUUGGAAUGCUUUAACUCUGCAUUUCUGCGUAAUGCUUUGUCUUAUGAUGAGAGGUGUUAAAAGAAACAGCCCCAUGAACCGUGCCACUGUGUUUAUUAUGAGGAUGGCAAGGAGUAAGGAGUGUGAUGCACUGUACAUCCAGAGGCCUCCCUCUGAGAUCCCACUGAAGGAAUCUGUCAGGAUGCAGACUAGCUAGCUAACAGUUGUGUAGGAGACACAAACAAGGUUCACGGGGCUGUUUCUUAUAACACCUCUCAUCUUUCUCAUCCAUGUAGCCGAAUGUGGAAGGAGUUUGCCCCUCUGCACACCCGCUCACUGUAGGAAGAGCUGGUGAUCUAAUAGAUGAGACCUGUUACUCACUGAGCCACAUUCUCUGUUGGGCAGAUGGCUAAUCAUGCAUAGCAUGCUUACUUCUCUAGCCUUUCAUUUUUUGUCCUCUCGUAUGUUAGGUUUCUAAUUUCACAAGCCCUAGAUAGGGCGCGGGGUCUGCCUUUUAAAGACAGGCCCAGUUAGCCUCCUAAGUUUUGAUCCUGCUGGUGACUACAUGUGUAAGGCAAGGCCUGUGGUCCUUGUUCAUGUAGCUGGUUAGAUAACUGGACUUGGUCUGUACCUGAGUUGUGUUCCAAGCAACUGAUAACCAAGUUCUAGAUUUGGGUGGAAACGAGAAGAAAAGACCAACCUUGGCCUCUGGACUAAGUUGUGUUCUCCAGCACAAUUUAUAGACGUUCUGUGAACUGGUUCUUGUGGUAAGUCCACUCAAAAUUCUGAACAUGAAGAGAGGUAAAUGGUAGAAUUAAAGCACACUGAACCCCUAACAAACACCUAGUUGAACUUUCAUGUAGUUUUUCUGAAUCUCUGAAAGUGGCCUUAAGUCCUUUUUUGAAACACUGGCAGUGUAAACAAGUGUCAGUUACCAAAGCCCAUGCCUAAAUCAAUUACUUUUCAACCACCACAAUACCUGGGGUAAAAGACUACUGUACUGUACUCAUUUUCCUUGCUUAUUGAGCCCACAUAUUCAUUCAGUACUGUCUGCCUUCCUGGGUUAACAUGAGGUUCAAGUUAGGGACUACGUAUGUGAAAUACUUGGUAAACUGUUGUGUUUAUAACAAUAUAAGGUGUUCAUAUAUAGAAGGAAAAUGAAGAGACUGAAAGAAUACACUAUUUGAAUAGAAGUCAAAGUUUGAUCCUUUAAAGAUAAGUAGAACACCUUUAAAUUCUAAUUAGGAAUUAAAUUCAGGUUAACCAUUAGCAUUACUGACAUUUUAAUAUCUAGCAAUUCUACUGAAAUUAUAGCUAAUAAUUUUAAAGUCUUAUUGAAUUAAAUCAAAAGUAUACAGUUUUUUGCAAUCGUAAGAUUAAUAUAGAAAUAAGUGAAAAAUGAAUUCUGUGACAUCUGGGUCAGCUACCUGAAUUUGUUAAUUACAUUAAUAUGUAAUUCUCAUUUUAUCGAAUGACUUUGGCCAACAAGUGAAAAAUACAUCACUCCUUUUGAUGAUUUCUGUGGGAUGCCUGUAGCAUAUUUCAAGUAAUAAAGAAUGUAUC